AUGGCAUUCACCGAAAAUUCCCACCUCGCGGAAGUUAUCUCACCUACCUUCCUCUCCAGAACCUAUCUGAAAUGGAAAAAAUCCAACAAUACUCAGAUCACAACCUUUACCGACGAAGAAGCAGAGGGGAACCUUUUCAAUCUCGGACGAACACUCGCUUCGAAAUCACACGAUGAACCUCGGCUACGAUGCACCGAGUUCGACGAAAACGGUAAUGUUACCUUGGUUAAUGGAGAGUUUCGAAAAAGUGAACUCAUUGCUAAGUAUGGGCUUUUGAAUCGAGACUUGCGAAAAAUCGAUUCCUCCGUCCUCCCUCACAUCCUCGUCCGACCAAAUACAAUUCUCAUUUCACUCCUGCAUCUUCGCGUCUUGAUCAAGGCUGAUCGAGUUCUCGUUUUCGACGCGUAUGGCUCGACAAAUUCGUACACCCAAUCUGUCUUCAUGUAUGAUCUGGAGGGGAAGCUAAGACAGCGUCAUGCUCCCGGUUCAGGAGCACUCCCAUAUGAAUUUCGCGCGCUUGAAUCUGUCUUGAUUAGUGUAACCAGCGGCUUGGAAAGCGAAUUCGAGGGCGUGCGCGACCCUGUUGUGCGCGUCUUGCGGGCAUUGGAGGAAGACAUUGAUCGGGAUAAACUGCGACACUUGCUUGUUUAUUCGAAAAAGCUGGGUAGCUUCGAACAGAAGGCGCGUCUCGUGCGAGACGCCAUAGAUGACUUGCUGGAAGCUGAUGAUGACCUGGCUGCGAUGUAUUUGACCGAUCGUGCCCAAGGAACGACGCGGGCCGAGAAUGACCACCAAGAGAUAGAGAUGCUUCUGGAAUCCUAUCACAAAAUUUGUGAUGAGAUUGUGCAAGCCAGCGGAAACUUGGUGACCGCCAUCCGCAAUACUGAGGAAGUGGUCAAGGCAAUUCUGGACGCAAAUCGAAAUUCAUUGAUGCUUUUGGAUCUGAAGUUCAGCAUUGGAACUCUUGGGCUUGCCGCAGGUACUCUGCUCUCAGCGUUGUACGGCAUGAACUUGAAGAACUUCAUUGAAGAAAGUGAUCUUGGUUUUGGUGCCGUGUCUAUAUCGUGCUUCGUCUUCAGCAUUAUAGUAAGUCUGUAUGGCCUUGCGAAACUUCGCAAAGUGCAACGGGUGAGGAUGUGGGGAGAAGGCAUGGAUUCCGCGGGUAUUGGCCCGCUUCAACAUCGCAGUCUCGCAUUAAACCAACGCGGAAAUUGGCGUUCUGAUGCAAUCGAACCUUUGCUGGCCGGACUCCCUGGCGAAGGACGGUCGGAAAGACUGAGGAGAUUUAAAGAGGCUACCAAGUCCAACCUAGGAAAGGGAAACUCCCCUGCGGAAGCAGCUCGCCGUGCCGCGAUCAUGCAAGCCCAGCAGUUGGCAACUCGCCAACAAAGUAAAGGAAACAAAGGCACCGAGGGAGAUUCUGAGGUAGUAGCUGCGAAGACAUGA